AUGCCUAAAACUUCAAAAAUAGAUGUGGAUAAAUUAAUAGAUGUGAUUAAAAAAAUUCAAAUUUUAAAUGAAGAUACCAAUAAAAUUAAAGGACCCGGUCAAAGUUGUUGGACUCGUAUUCAAAAUGAAAUGGAUAAUACAAUAACAGCCAAAUACAUUUAUACCAUUGUAUUACAAAAUAGGUUUGGAAUAUUUGAUAAAUUAGGUUUAAACGAUAAGUUGAAACAAAAUUCAUCAACAAAUUCACCUAAUAAUUCAGAAGCCGAUUUAAUCUCUUCUGAAGAAGACUGCAUAGAUUUGUCAGGUGGAGAAGAUAUUGAAGAUUCUUUAAAUUUUAAUAUAACUCUUUCUUCUCAAGAAUGGAUAAAUAUCAAAGGAGAAAAACCAGUCAAGUAUAAACGUUCUGAUGGGAAAAAUUUUAAUAGAUCUUAUGAAAUAUUAAAACCACACAAAUGGACAAAUGUUAUAACCGAACAUUUCUUUGAACAGACAAAAUUGCCAUGUUGCUUAGCAUAUAAAUAUGCAAAAAUAUAUACCGUAGGGCAAAUUUACUUAAAGAUAAUUGGAAGUUGCAUUAUAUGCUUAAGUCAUUUAAAAGGUAUAGUAGAACAUGCACCAGAAGAAUAUUCUAGAGUUGUUAUUACUUGUACAAUUAAGGGUCAUUUUCAUAACUGUUUAAGUGGAAAAAAAAGAAAAGUGACUGGAAACCAACGAGAAAUGUUUUUAGACAAAUUAAUUAACUGUAAUAUGUCUGCGGCCUAUUUACAAAGAUUGGAAGCAAAAAAAAAAAUGAACUAUGGUGAUAAAGAGCCUAGUAGCAUACCUACAUUGAAUGCAUUACGUGUGAUGAAAUAUAAGGAACCGAAGAAAGAUCAAGUACACAACGAUAGAAUUUUAGCAGUGUCUAUAAUGAAGGGUAUGUUACCAUAUAAUAGUAUAUUUCAUGAUAUUGGUUAUGACAGGUUCUAUUUACAUUACUGGUCAUCUUUUGAAGUCAAUUCAUACAGAAAUUAUAGUAAACGUACACAAAUACCUACCAUUUGUAUAGAUGCUACAGGUGCAUUGGUAAAAAAAGUUACAUUAAUUAAUGGGAGGGAAACUGGACACAUAUUUUUAUAUCAAAUAGGCGUUAAAGAUUUUGAAAAUAAUUGUCAGUUUUCAGUUGCACACAUGCUCUCUGAACGGCAUGACCACAAUAGUAUUGGUCAUUGGCUUACAGAAUGGUGUAAAAACAGUAUGUCUCCUCCAAAGAUAGUUGUAACCGAUCAAUCUCUGGCUUUGAUGAUGGCAGUAGUAAAGACAUUUACCCAAUAUUCAACAUUAAAUAAAUACAUAAGUGUAUGUUCAGAUCUGAUUAUGAAGAAAGACAUUGAAAUACCUACCUGCAUGCUUAGAAAUGACUUUAAUCACAUUAUGCAUUUAAUCAGUUCUUGGUCGGAGUUUAAAACAACAACAUCUAGAAUAAAAAAUUUCUAUAUGCGUUCCAUAGGAUUAACUAUUGUUAGUAUGGACUUUGAAGAUGUGAAAAAUGUAUUAAAGCAUGUUUUUACAGUAGCACUUCAUGAAACUGAUGGACAAAAUUCCAAUAAUGAACCCACAGCAUGUGAAAAUUCAAAAAAAUACUUAAAACAACGUAUUGCUACGCAUGAAACAGAAUUUGAUGAAGCUAUUAAUAUUAUAGAAGAUUUAAAUAAAUCUAAUGAAAUUGAUUUACAGAUUAACAACUUACCAAAUACAUCUAUUUUUGAAGAAAUUAAAUAUAUUUAUAACAAUUGUAUUGAAAGCUCUAAUAAUAUAUCAAAUAACUCUGGUGAUCGGGAUAACAUGCAAUUUUGUCCAGCAAUUGCAAAAAAGUUAUUUAAUUUCUGUAAGUUGAUACCUUGUUGGUCUUCAUUAAUGGUUCCUAUUUUUAAAUAUGGUAGUACAACAGAAAGUUCUUCUACUUCGGAAAGUUUGUUUAAAGACCUAAAAACAAUAGUUUUUAAACACAAAUCGCUACCAUUAAGACUUGAUGAUUUUCUAAAAAUUCAUGUGAACUCAAUAAUUGGAUCAACAAAUAUGUUAGCAAGCAAAAGAAAAUUUGAACACCAAUCACUAUCUAACGACAGCCUGCAUUCAAAAAAAGAAACAGAGGAACAUCAAGUUGAAGAUAGUUUAAUGAAAAAUCAAAUACCUAAUUUAAAAAUUAAUGAACAGGACCAGUCAUCUGCUAAGAAGAAGAUUUCUCAUAUCAAAGAACCAGAAUUCCCCAAUUAUGAUGAUCAAGUGGUUGUGGAAAAUUGGAAAGGUUUGGGAUAUGAUGUUGGAAAAAAAAAGAAAAAGGGAACAUAUUUAGACAAGGACCCAACUGUUUUGUUCUACAACGACACGAGCAAGACUAAAAGUAGAGUUAUAGGAAUACUAAAAAAUGGAAAUUUUGCUGAUUUAAAAAACAUUUUUAUCGAAGGACAACCUUAUAGUGUUACAAAUACAUGUUCAUUUGACAGCAUAGUUCAUAUUAUUUGUACAUCCUAUAUUGAUAGUACAUCAUAUUCAACAUGGAUUAAUUAA